AUGGCGAUUCGAGUUACUCAUGAUAAAUCUGUUACUGUUCGUCUUACCCUCAGGAAAUCUCUUAAACGUCAGUCGAAAUUUGCAAAACAUCGACAACAUACUAAAAAAUCAGCACAAAGUGCUCGAUCAUUAAUCACAUCCAACCAGUUAAAAGAAAACACUCGUAUUACUCAUGUUUCAACUACUAAAAAGAUUGUAAAAAAUAAACAGAAAGAUAAAGAAGAUAACGAUACUCAACAUGAUGCUAUUCAAUCACACGAGAAUACUUACAAACAACAUUCAGAAUACAAUGUUGAAAUCUCACAUACUGCAGAACAAAUUCACUACACGAAUAGUGAUCAUGCUUUGAUUACUUCAGAAUCAUAUUUUCAACAACAACAACAACAACAAAAUAUAGAUCCAACUGAAAAUAAAACUAUUCUUGUAACACCACCUUCCAUAAACUAUUCUAAUCAGACGCAUCAUAUUAAUACACCAUCGUAUCUACUUCAACCAAAUAGAAAAAAUAUUAAUUUAUUGAAUGAGACAACAGUAAAGUCAUCAUCUUCAGUGAUCAACAAAACGUUGUCUGUAUUAGCAAGAUCUAAUAAAAAGUCUUCUGUACAUCCGACUAACGAACAACAAAAUCAACAGUUAUCUAAAAAAAAGAAGAAAAAACCAAUUCCUCUAUGUAUUAUAAUAUUAGCUUCUGCUUUAUCAUGUUUACUCAUUACAGGUAUUAUCUUAGCUAUUGUUAUUCCACGUACUAUAAAAAAAAAUACAGCAACAAUAUCAGCGACUAGUACAUCAACUACUCUAACUCCUGUAUGUACUACAAGUAGUACUACAGCAUGCUCAACAGUUAUUGCACAACAAAACGGUGGAGAACUCAUUUCUAAUGGCGGUUUCGAAUCUGGUUUAUCGAAUUGGACAUCCACUGUAUAUUCUAAUGCUACAUCAUCUACAACAGUUGAUACUACAUCAGGAAGUCAACAUUCCAACAGUGCAUAUUUACAAUGUGCAUCGGCAAAUGCACCUUCUUAUGUCAAACAAAUAUUUUCUAUUAUUCAAGGACAAAAUACUCUUAUUAGUUUUUGGUGGAAUUAUACUCCUCAACUCGGUUUCCCAUCUGGAACAAGUGAAUUGACUGUAACACUUACAUAA